AUGAGCAGGGAUCUGUUUACAAACUGAGGGCUGUAGAGAAGUGGAGAAGAGAGAGAAGGAAGGCAAGAGGAGGAGAGUCAAUGUGAGAAGCAAAUACAGGAGAAGACAGGAGAGUCUGGGUCUGAAUUAACAUCAGCCCGUUGUGUUCCUGUGUUGUUUACCUCCCUGUGUGCUUUGUUCAGAGCAGAAAGGCAGGGAAAGGGAUGAGACUCUGCCUUCCACAGGAACACUGAGGCUGCCUGCCUGCCUCUCUGCUCGCCUGCUUGGCUGGCCGUGCUGCCGGGAAAUCCAUCCAUGUCCUUCCCUUUGUCUCUCUAUAAUUAGACUCGGCAGGGUUUUCACAGCCAGAGAGGAAGAAAGCGAGGUGGGGAUCUCAAGAAGACAGGACAGAGGAGAGAGAAGAAAGGAAGGGAGAAGAGAAAAAGGAGAGGAGGAAGGGAGGGAGAGCCUCGUGACAAUGUUUUGAACAGGAGGCUAAACAGAAAACCUGGGACUGCGCCUAUGACCAGAGUGGCUGCACACUUCAUCAUCACUGCACACUAAGGGUCAAAUGAGGUUCAAUUUUGAGUAAUGUCUUCUUGAGAAACUGGGAGUCUCUUAUCAGAUCUGCUUACUCCUGAACAGAAGGACUUAGUAGGACAGGGUUAAAGUAGUCUGAACUUAGAAGGUGCUGGUGGUACAAAGCUUGUGUUUUGUGGAAACCAGACUUGGUCAUAUUGGAGAGGUCACAACCUCAAAGAUUUUCUGGGUUUGCCAACCGAACAUUUACAUAUUUCAUGCAUCCUGUCCAGUGGUGUAAUGGGUGUCUGUGUGACGACCCCUACUGCAAGAUGCCCUCUGAAGAGCUCUUCCACCUGCCGCUCAAUGUCUACAUCAUUAUCCUGGGAAUCGGCCUCUUCAUCCUCAUGCUUACACUCAUCUUCUGCUGCUACUUGUUCAGACUCAGGCGAAGAGGUACAAGAGAGCAGUAUGGUUACAAUGAGGUUGUAUUGAAAGGAGCUGGGAAAAAGCUGAGCCUUAUUGGGCAAACAUGUGCAGUAUGUUUAGAGGAGUUCCGCAGCAGGGACGAGCUGGGAGUGUGCCCCUGUUCUCAUGCUUUUCACAAGAAGUGUCUGAUGAAAUGGUUAGAGAUCCGCAGUGUCUGCCCCAUGUGCAACAAGCCCAUUUGUCGCCUCCUGCCCCCCCAACAACCUCAAGAGCGGCCCCAAAGUCUCCUGGAGGUCUGACAGGGGGACGGAUGUCCAGCAGCACAUUACGCUCUCAAGUCCCUUGACACCUGUCACUACUGAUGGGCGCUGUUUCACAAUCCAACAGAUGGUGGUUUAAGUAAUGCAAACAUUUUUAGAUAGAGCUUUCUCUGGAAGUAGAAAUGAUACAAUUGUCUGAAUUUAAACGUAAGUGCAGAGCCAACACGCUUGAAAGAUGUGGACGGAGAUUAUAACGCUAACACAGGUGUGGUAAUGGUAAUAAUUCUCCGCCAAUACUUGAUAUGGUAUAUAAAUGAGCAGAUUAAGGUGAAUUGUUAAACCUAGAUCCUGCCAUUAUUCGUAGGCCUACAACGCCAGUAACAUAAGUGCCUUAAAGCUGCAGAUCCUCUAAAUGAGAGAAACACCCGUCACACUGAUCAUGUGUGUAUGAAGUCCCAGUUUACUCUAUAUAGUAAACUAUAUAGUCUAUAGUAGAUUGUUCUGUGGGAAAUAGUGACAAUUUAGAAGAAGAGCCCUGCAUUUUCUUUGGCUCUGUUUAAAUGCACAAUAUGUAUGUAUUUUUGCCACUAGGGGUCUUUCAAUCAAAACAAAAUAAGUGGUGUAGGGAAGUUAUGUGGAAUCAUGGGAGUUGUAGUCUUCGCCACCAUUGCCUUCACUGCAGUCAGCUCCACCUGGGAGUGACUGAACAAUAAUGUGGCCUAAAAAUAGAAAAAAAGAUUUUGGGAGAAACCCCAACACUGAUGUUUGCACAAAGAAGAUACAUUGCCAAUACAGGUGAAAUUACGUAUUUCUCUAGAUUUUAGCAGUGUUUUAAACAUCAUGGAUAAUGUAAGUACACAACUCUACAAAAAAUGUACCUUUAAAUGCCAAGCUAACAAUGACACGUACACCCUAACCUACAGGCAUCAAAAGGCUCCUUUUCAAUUCAGAGGACGUCACAAAUGCUCUUCAAAGUUGUCCUACAUUCUACUGUUAGCCUUUAUUAUUGUUUAGUCAACAAAUUAAGAUUGAUGUAAUAAUCUGAUGCAAAGAAACUUUGGAAGAGAUAAAUACAAUUAUGUUACAGCAUAAUGUGACACCAAGAGUAUCAGCAUUUACCAUUUACAUCAUUUCAUCACCAAAAAUCAUUGGCAUCAUCAUCAGAGUGUGAAGGAAGUGUUACUUUUUCAACUAAAGUAAAGAUAUUAUUUCUGCCACCAGAGCAGCUCUGCCUCUGAGAAAUGUUUGUUUGACAAACCCAAGUCUGCCCAUUUUUACUUUGCCCAAAAAAUGACACGCAGAGCCACAAGAAAUGGAGCUUGGAUAGAGGAAGAUUCAAACAACGGACACCAGCUGUGAAGAUAUCUAAACCUCCCUUGGCUUUUUGUUGCUCCAAACUUGAUGGCAUAUGCAGACUUUGUGAUGAAAGGAGAAAAAAAAGAGAACUUUUAAGAAAAGAGGACAAUUGUAAAGAAUGAGGGUUUUGUUUAUUUUGGCUGUAACCUCUGAUUGCCUCACAGUUAAUAAGCUCCAUCCCUAUUGCCAAGCUGGGUGAAGGUAAUGAAGCCUUAAAUGGCAAGACAAUUGCAUCAUAUAGGAUUUGAUAGAAGCUAAAGACAACCACUAAGUAAACACAUAUGUACUUAUGUCUUGUGGGAAUGGUUGUGUUUUAUUACUGACUUGCAUUAUUGUCAGUGAUGGAAAACACUUUACUGUCAUUUGUCAAAGAAUUGGAUGUCACUGUUGCCUUUGAGACAGAUGUAAGUGCUUUGUACUGUAGUGAUAUAAAUAGACACAGUGAACUGAUAUGAAGAGCCUGUUUAAGCUGGUUUCUUGAGUGAGGUGCACAAUAAACAUCCUUCUCUGUAUGUACCAUGUAAUAUAUAUUAAGUACCCUGUAAAUUGUAAAAGCUUUUGAAUAUUCUGACUUUACAAGAAGAAAAAUAUAACCAGUGUUUUGAUAUGGUCAUUUGGAUCCAAGUCUUUUUUUUCUAGUUUUGCUACAUGUUGACACUUAAAUCUUUUUAUUUAUAUAUUGUUGUUAUAAUAUAUUGAAAGGUUUAUACAAUUUUAGGUGGUUUGGGUUGGCGUUAAUAACUUUGUGCUAAUGUGACUGAAGGAUUUCCACCAAUACAUAUAUGUGCCUGAUAAAAACUCUCCUUACAUUACUCAAACAUGGGUUAUUGUGUGUGGUUACUUUACUGCUACAGUUAAUUAAGUGCUGUAUAAAAAAAAGUACUUUAGCCUGGGUAGCACAGUAACAUUUGAGGGUUGGUUGGUCCACCACUCUGGUCCAAACUGAUCAAUUCAUCUCUCAAUAACUAUUGAAUGGAAUGUAAUUACAUUUGUACAGAUGUUUAUGAUAGUAUAAAUCCUACUGACUGCUACUAAUAAAGUGCUGCAGAAAUGA